UUUCUUUUUGCUUACCAGAAAAAAUAUUUAGAACUUUUACCUUUCAUUCCACAAAAUUCAUUUUUUCAUUCUCAACUUUAAUCAAACCCAACCAAUCAUGUCAUACUUGGACUCGCUCGAACAAUGCGUCGGCACAUUGACACACUGCAACGACAACCUGAACAACGCGACCAAAUCACUUUCUAGCCUGACACGGACGUUUCCGCGCGUUGAGACCGUUAUCCGGUGCGAGAAGAAAUACGACCUGACAACAGCCACCGACAUCAACAAGGCCCAAACAUUGAUAUCAAAAGAGGCCGUCCCCUUCUUAUUUAGACAGGUGGAUCAGCUUGAAAAUGCAAUUGAAGCUAUCCGGGCAGCACACGAGUCACUGGGACAGAAGGUUGAAGACCAAAAGGCAGAGUACAGCCAGCUCAUCGAUGAUGAAGCUAGCAUGGUUGAAUUGCAGAAUAACCUAAAGGCAGAGCAGUCGGCGCUGUCAGAUGCCCAGGCCAAUUUGCUUAAUGCGAAGAGUCUGUUGGCAACGAAAGAACGCGACUUGGCAGAGCUAACCCGCGCGCGGUCCGCCGUCAGACAGAAGAGCGCUAUUCUCGACGAGGCCACCAGGCACGAAAUGUCUGGAAUACCGACAGAUGACCUGAUACAGGACUCCAGCGACGGCGCUGACAAGUAUGUGGUACUGGAUUGUCUUCGCGAGCAGCUCUCUUGCUUCACAGACGCUGUGGUCGACGAAAAAAUGGACGCAUGUAUUGAAAACGCAAUGGGAACGAUUGAACUUUUGGAGAACAAGGUGUUUGUUCCGUGGUGGGACUCCAAUACCAGCUUGCAGACCGAGAGGUUGGGCUAUUUGUCGCGGCUUUUGCGGUAUUUUUUCAAGGACCAUGGCACUACGAUGCAGACGAUUAUCGAGAUUCUGCUUGACCACCAGGCGAUGACCGUGGAGGACUUGCGACGGGAGCUCUCUACUACUGGGCAGGCGACCACUGAGCUGCCACUGCUGAUAAACCACUUGAAGACCAUUGGUGCCGUGACGACGGAGACCACCACACGGGCUGGAGGGCACGACGAUCAAGUGAUGGAAGAAGACACUGUGGCGGCAACGGCGGCAGAGUGAGGAGCGCUACUAGUAUACUUUUAUUCAGUUAAUAUAUAAUAAAAAUGCGC